AUGGAGAGCCCCAAUCAAACCACAGCUCAGUUUACCUUCUCUGCUUUCCCUUAUUCCUGGGGAGAUCCUGUCAUCUGUUUUGUUCCACUGCUCUUCAUUUAUGUUUUCAUUGUUGUUGGAAACCUAGUCAUCAUCACAGUGGUCCAGCUGAAUACUCACCUCCACACUCCCAUGUACUUUAUUAACGCCCUUUCUUUUCUGGAGAUCUGGUAAACCACAGCUACCAUACCAAAGGUGCUGUCUUGCCUGCUUAGUGAGAAGAGUAUUUCCUUAAAUGGUUGUCUCCUGCAGAUGUAUUUCUUCCAUUCCACAGGCAUGAGUGAGGUUUGCCUCCUGACAGCUAUGGCUUUUGACUGUUACCUGGUCAUCUGCAGCCCUCUUCAUUAUCCCACUAUCAUAACCCCUAAACUAUGUGUCCUGCUGACUUUAAGCUGCUGUAUUUGUGGCUUUAUCAUGCCCCUCACUGAGAUUGCCAGGAUCUCCACACUGCUAUUUUGUGGCUCUAAUCACCUUGAGCAUAUCUUUUGUGACUUCCUCCCAGUGCCAAGCCUGGCCUGCCCAGACACACAAGACAUCAUCAUGAUUCAGGCAGUGGAUGUUGUCCAUGCAGUGGAGAUCAUUACAGGUGUGAUGCUCAUUUUCAUGUCCUGUGUUGGUAUUGUGGCUGUAAUUCUACGUAUUCAUUCAGUGGAGGGUCAUUGCAAGGCAUUUUCCACAUGCAUCUCCCACCUCACUGUCUUUCUGGUUUUCUUUGGCAGUGCGGCUCUCAUGUACCUACACUUCUCUGCCACCUAAUCCUUAUUCUGGGAUACAGCCAUUGCUCUGGCUUUUGUAGUUUUGUCUCCUUUUUUUAACCCCAUUAUCUAUCUGAGGAAUAAAGAGAUAAAGGAAGCUAUAAAAAAGCACAUAAGUCAAGCUAACAUCAUUUUCAUAAGACCAGGGACCUCAAGUAAGAUCUAG